AUGGCAACCACUCAGAUCGAUCUGGUCUUCGGACUGAAGAACCACUCGCAGAAAGAUCAAAUGAUCAAGGAGAUUCGAGAAUGGCUUGUCAAGACAGACCCGAUUCCAGGGAGCUUCUCGGCGGGCCAAAAGCCGGGCAAAGUUGAGAUCUGGACUUCACCAGUGCAGGAUGACAAUCGUCUCCUGGUCAAGUACGAUGGAUGUCCACCUGGACAUUGGGGCGGUAUAUUUGUGCCCAUUUCGUUUGUGCCUACUCGUCAGUAG